AUGGUGGAGAUAAGAGAGGAGUCAUCUGAGCCAUUUAAUCCCUCCUCAUCGGCCAGCUCAUCGAGAGCGCAACCAAGCAGACCAUCGCAGGGCACUAUAUCGAUCUCGCAAUAUGUUACCGAAAAUCUCAUGGAUUGCUGUCUUUUGGCAACGCGGUUAAUGACAUUAUUUUUCACGAUAUGUUAUCUGCUACCGUUUAUAUCACCUGUGGCUCCAGAUUCUGCUUAUUACAAAGCUUUCGCUGCAGCAGCUGCAACAAAUGCUUUGCGAAUGCAGCAAAGAGUUGGGACUGUUUCGUUUACUCGUGAAUUUUUCUCCCGUCUUCUCCUUGAGGAUAGCUGCCACUACUUAUUCUACGCAAUUCUUUUUCUGACAUCUGCACCAGUGACUAUGGCUCUUCUACCUGUCUCCUUAUUCGCUGCUUUGCAUUCGGCUUCACAGCUGGUAAAAUUACUGACGGCGAUUGGAUAUGGAGGCUCAGCAGUCACUGCUCGUUUGACUUCGUUAGCUCAACAGCAUACGGCAAACUGCCUCGGAAUCAUCGCUUGUGGCGAAAUUUUCCUCAUUCCGGUUCUCAUUUCCAUGAUUUUCGUACAAGCGUUCGCGCAAAUGCGCUAUUCUUUGGAUCAAGUGGCAGUAUCUCCCAACUGUCCUCAAGUGAUACGAUCACUGAUUAAUCAUUCCGUGGCAUUCAUCUCUCGGCUUGCUCCGGUUGUUUGA